GAAACGUCGAAUAGAAAACGUAAAUAAAAUAAGCGCGCAAUUUUCAAGUGAAAUACCAUGGAAGAAGAUGGUUCUCAAAAUAAUCAGACGAAUCCGAAUAAACCCGGAUUACUCGAUUCGGAAGAAAUUGAUUUUGGCAGCGAGCCGUUCUCCGGCCAGCCUUUGAUUGACAAACAAAGCGAUGACAACAUACAACAUUCCGAACUGGAAGAAAAUAGUGAAGAGCAACCGACUGAAGACAACGAUGUUGGUGAUCAAAUCGAAGAAGAAGAAGAAGAAGCAGUAGAGAAUUCAGAGAUUCAACCUGGAGAACCGGCAUCAUCAGUUACUAAACCCGGAAAAACAGUAUCCAACGAGCCACGGCUAGUUCAGUUCCCACUCUCGAAAAUCAAACAUUUGAUGAAGUUAGAUCCAAAUGUGCACAUUGUAUCGGCGGAAGCUGUUUUUCUCAUUGCUCGUUCAGCGGAAUUAUUUGCACAGACAUUAACGAAAGAAUCGUACACACAUACUGUGGCUAGCAAAAAGAAAACCUUGGCAAAACGAGAUGUGGAGAUGACGGUUGAAUCCGUUGAUACACUUGCAUUUCUUGAAGGCAUGAUUAAUGUGUGAGACACGUAGUCUGCUAUGUAACGGAAAGCAUUUAAAGGAUAUCUGUAGCUUUUGAGACUUGUCUAGAUAGAAGUAAUUUUCAAUAAGAUCAACGUUUUCAAGGAAAGCAAAUAAACAAAUUGGAUCUCGAUAAGGUGCGAUAAGCAUAGGCUAUAGAUGUACAAUCUAUUUCAGCCUUUGGUUUAAGUUAACCGGCUAUCGCUAUCAAUUGUUGAAGCUCAUCUAAUCCGUUAGUUUUAAUUAAGCGAUGACCUUAAAUUGAAUUUGGAAAUUUGUAUAUUUUUUGUGAUUGAAGACACUAAUAAAAAUAACCAUAAUAGAUCAAA